GACGCUCUACACCCUAUAUAUACCAAUUUCGUAUCGUAAGAAAGCCCCACUGACAUAAGAAAAGAAAAGCCGUAUAACCUGUACCUGCUGAAGAGAGACCAUGAAGGUGACGAGGUCAGAGCCGGUGCUCGUGCACGCUGCCGCAGCAGCCACCGGCGCUGACGAAGACGAGGAGUGCUACUACCUCUCCAACCUCGACCAGCAUGUGGCCGUGGUGAUGAAGACGGUGCACGUCUUCAGCCCAUCCGGCGACAUGGGCGCUGCUUCAGGCGGCGACCCGGCCGCGGUGCUCAUGGAAGCCCUGCGCAGGGUGCUCGUGCACUACUACCCGUUCCAAGGCAGCCUGGCCGUGAACGGCGGGAGGCUGGCCGUGCGGAACGACCGCCGCGGGGUGCCCUUCGUCGCGGCGGACGCCGACUGCGAGCUCGAGGAUGUCGGGGACGUCGUGUUGGCGGCGGCGCCCGAAGCCGCGGUCCAGGGGCAGCUCGUGUUCGAUAUCGAGGACGCGGCGACUCUGCUGACCGUGCAGGUGACCAGGUUCAGGUGCGGCGGCUUCGCGCUCGGGGUCGCCAUGAACCACUGCCUGGCGGACGGCGUCGCGGCCGCGGAGUUCCUCCGCUCCUGGGCCGAGACGGCCCGCGGCGCACCCCUCUCCGUCCCGCCUUUCCUCGACCGGACCGUGCUGCGCGCCAGGCCCAACGCGGGCCUCUACGCGGGCCAGGAGUUCGCGGAGAUGGAGGACGUGUCGGGCCUCGCGGCCCUCUACAGCAGCGAGCCACGCGUGCGGCGGGCCUUCGCCAUCGACGCCGCCACGCUCGCCAGGCUCAAGCAGCAAGCCGGCCAAGGCUGCUCGACCUUCGCCGCCCUGACGGCGUUCGUGUGGCGCGCGACGGCGCACGCCAUGAGGAUGGCGCCCGAGCAGAGGACCAAGCUCUUGUUCGCCGUCGACUGCAGGCGGCGCCUCGACCCGCCGCUGCCACGGGGAUUCUUCGGGAACGCCGUCGUGUUCGCCUGCUGCGUGUCCGCGGCCGGGGACCUCCUCGCGGAGCCGCUGUCCGCGGCGGCGCGGUCGGUCCGGGACGCCAUCGAGCGCACGGACGACGCGUUCGUCCGCUCCGCAAUCGGCCACGUCGAGGCCACCCGCGCCCGGGCGCCGCCGUCCAUGACAGCGACCACGCUGGUCACGGCGUGGAACCGUCUCGGGUUCAGCGCGGCGGACUUCGGGUGGGGCGAGGCGGUCAGGUCCGGCCCCGCGGAGCUGCCGCGCGAGGAGGUGGUCAUGUUCGUGCGCGACGCGCGUGACAGCGGCGGCAUUGUGGUGCUGCUUGGCCUGCCGCAGUCCUGUAUGCAGGCGUUCCAAGAUGCGGUGCGUCAGCUCUGAGACGUGUAAGGAUCUUCGGCUAUUGUAAAGGUUUGGUAAUCUAAUUUGAUGGACUACAACUCUACAAGCCUUUAUGUAACAACUAAAUUGAAUGCUUGUAUCUCAUAAUCCUU